UGUGUUACUGUCUCUUUAAGGAGGCGGGCGUUCCAAAGGUCCUACAGAACGUAACGUUGCACGUCUCGAGACCGGGAACCAGGCUGUGCACGUUCACUUCAAACUGCACUCUUCAAUAUUUUACAGUCCAAAAGUGUUUCUAUCAUGCCUGCCAAAAAGACGACCACCAAGAGAAAGUCCGCCGCUAUUGUGGAAGAUGAUAAAGACUCCAAAAAGGUGAAAGUUUCACACAGAAGUCAUUCCAAAGAGGCAGGGCAAGUUCUUGUUUUGGGCCAAGGUGAUGUUGGACAGUUGGGUUUAGGCGAAGAUGUCAUUGAAAGGAAGAAGCCAGCACUUCUGUCCCUGCCAGAGAAAAUUGUGCAGGUGACAGCUGGAGGCAUGCACACCGUGUGCCUCAGCGAAACUGGAAAUAUUUACACGUUUGGCUGUAAUGACGAAGGGGCUCUUGGUCGGGACACAUCAGAGGAGGGGUCUGAGAUGAUCCCGGGAAAGGUGACGCUGAAUGAGAAGGUGGUCCAGGUAUCGGCAGGGGACAGCCACACAGCCGCACUCACAGAGGAUGGAUCGGUGUACAUCUGGGGCUCCUUCAGGGAUAAUAAUGGAGUCAUUGGUCUUCUGGAGCCGAUGAAAACGUGUGCUCUACCAGUUAAAGUCCCUUUAACAGAACACGUUGUUAAAAUAGUUUCAGGUAACGAUCACAUGGUAAUGGUGACGCUGGAAGGAAAUCUAUACACGUCCGGCUCAGCUGAGCAGGGGCAGCUGGGAAGAGUGCCUGAACACUUUUCAAACAGAGGAGGCAGGAAAGGCCUUGAGCGGCUGCUGGUUCCACAGAUGGUAAAAGUGAAAGGGAAAGUUCACUUCGUUGACGCCUUCUGUGGAGCGUACUUCACCUUUGCUGUGUCAAAAGAGGGCCAUGUGUAUGGAUUUGGCCUCUCAAACUAUCACCAGCUGGGCACCAAAAGCACCAAGAUGUGUUUUGUCCCUGUAAAGCUUACAUGUUUCAAGAACUCAACCACCGCCUGGGUAGACUUCUCUGGAGGACAGCAUCACACACUUUGCCUUGAUGCUGAAGGGCAGGUAUAUAGCCUGGGCAGAGCAGAGUAUGGUCGUCUUGGUCUGGGAGAAGGGGCUGAAGAGAAGAGCGAGCCCACACCUGUGAUGGGGAUAGAGCUGGCUAAAGGAGUGGCAUGUGGGGCGUCUGUCAGCUAUGCAGUUACCAGAGAAGGUGAGAACCAAGGAUCUGUGUAUGCCUGGGGCAUGGGCACCAACCUGCAGCUUGGCACUGGAGAGGAAGAUGAUGAGUGGAGUCCUGUGAAGAUGACAGGCAAACAGCUGGAGAACCGUGCAGUACUGAUGGCCUCCAGUGGAGGGCAGCACACCGUCCUUUUGGUCAAAGACAAGCAGGAGAGCUGAUGUCCUGCACUGACAGAGAGUGAAGGGGGCGCUUCAAGGUGGGGCCAUGUUCAGGGUGCCUAAAUCAGGGGAAGGGGGUGGAUGUAUGUGACUUCCUAUGCUGAGCCGAGGGAGUGUGAGACGUGCAUGAUAGAGGGGAGAGGUGAGGUUUGUCCUCUUUUAUGGAAGCUCCUCUGCUCUUGGCAUUGGGGAAUGUGUUGUGAUGUUUUUGGUAGAUCAUGACAAAUGAAAGACUAUUUUUUUUAAAGCUAGUUUUUGACAGUCCUUUAAAGUCUUUUCAUCUGGUCAUUUGUAUGACUCUAAGAUGUUAUAUGUGAUGUUUCUGAAUUUGACUGUGCAUGUACAUAAAGGAAAUGGCAGUGCAGGAUGUUUAAGGACAUAAAAAUAGUCUUUUUAAUGUUUUCUUUAAAGCAAUAAGUAGAUUAGACCUUUGUCAGACAGGACCUGUACGCCUGGUGAGUUUAACAUGUGCGACUACUGUUCGUUAUACCCAGUGCACACAAAUUUGUUGUAACUGUUUGGACAUUUGGUAACACAUCAUACUGUAUCCUGUAUUUUGUUGCAUUUCCUGUCUGAAAAAUAAAGCUGAUUUCUUUUUUAAGGAAAA